AUGCAGCGCCCAGGUCCCCGAACGACCGCAGGUCGAGGGUUUGCCGUGAAGUUCUACGACAUCCUGUCGCAGGAGUCGAGCGACAUCAUCACCUGGACGGAAUCGGGGCAGGCCUUCCAAGUCGUGGACUAUACCCGUUUCUCGGAAGAAAUUCUUCUCAAGGCUGUGUGCAGUUUCUGA